CUCUGUCGAGUCUGCCUGCGAGAGCAUCAGACUGCACCUUUUCCUCCUCAGGAGAACACGGAGAGAGGGAGAGAGAGAGAGAGAGAGAAAGAGAGGGAGGAUAGAGAGACAUCGAGCCAGAUAGAAAGACAGGGAACGCGAGAGCGGGAAUUAUAGCUGGUAGAUACUAGAGCCCGCGCCAGGCGAACAGCACCGACUGACACGAGGCGCGUCCGUGAGACUGGCCCGGUGGAGCGGCUCUACCUGCCCGCGGGAGCGCGCCUGCUCCAGAAUCUCCUCCGAAUGGAAACGGAUGGAUGAGCUGCGCGCGCGGCGCUGUUGCCACGGCACCCAGAGGAUGGAUUUGAGGUCGCUGGAGAGAGUGAUGACGCGGCUGUGAGAGACACACAUACCUCACUCGCCUGUGCACGCACAUACGCACAGAUAUUUGCCCACACACACUUUAAGUCUUGCCCUACUAAGACAGGGAGGAGGGGGAGAAAAUAUGGCUAUGACGGUGUCAUCUCUCUCCAUUAACAGUGUGUGAACCACACACACAAACACACACACACACACACACACACACACACACGCACACACACACACACACACACGCACAAAUACACUCACAGUCUGUGGGGAGUUGCUUGCAUGGGGGAAAAGGCCCUAUCUAGGGCACAAAGAUGGAAUUCACAUCCUAUUUGUCCCGUAUCUAGCACACAGACAUAAAUGCAAACACACAUACCUGGAAUCUCGCGGCUGAAGUGAGGAAUGGAAGACUGAAUGGAGAGGAGAGGCUAAAAAAACAUCAGCCCAAAAGAUGUCCGAAGUGUGCUGAUAGGGUGGAGGGUGCUGCUGUUUGACCCCUUCCCUCACUGGAGCCCCUCACUUUUAAGAAGCAAAGAAAACAGCGUGCAACGGAUACACCUACACAUCGUCCUACCAAGUGCCCUACAGUUUUCACCAUGAGCUGUAGGCUAGAGGAAACACCUCAGCUCUAGCCUUGUUCUUUUCCCGUGUGUGUGUGAGUGUGAGAGUGAGUGUGUGUAUGAGUGUAAUGGCGGUUUGCGUUUGGGCAGCAGCCCCUCUGCUGUUCUUGGGGCUGUGCCUUUGUAGUGUAGGGGGCCAGACACAAGGGGAGGUCCUGGAGUUUGGGGGUGUAACUAGCCAGUGGGGGCGGUUUCCAGUGUGGAAUGCCUGCUGCGAGAGUGUGCUGAGUUUCAGCCUGCGGACUCAAAGCCAGGAGGGGCUGCUGCUCUACCUGGAUGAUGAGGGUUUCUGCGACUUCCUGGAGCUACUGCUUCUUCACGGCCACCUUCGUCUGCGCUUUUCAAUUUUCUGUGCUGAGCCAGCUGAGCUGCAGUCAGGCGUAGCGGUGAGUGAUGGACGAUGGCAUGCAGUGCGUGUCAAGCGGGACUGGAGGAACACCUCAUUGGAGGUGGAUGGGAGACUGGAGGGAUGGGCAGAAGUGAAGAGUAAGAGAAGAGACAUGACAGUAUUCAGUCACACGUACAUGGGCGGGUUGUCACCAGAUCUUCACUCCUCGCCACUGCGCCUCACCUCUCCAUCCGUGCGGGAGCACCCUGCCUUCCGUGGCUGGAUCACGGCAGUGAGCAUCAACAGCUCACUGGUGACACUGGAUGGCUCAGAGGGCGUCACAAUAACACCUGGCUGUGGGCCAGAUCACCAGUGCCAGAACGGAGGGGUGUGCAGCGUGGUCAACGACCAGGCCGUCUGCGACUGCUCGGACACCGGUUACAAAGGGAAUGACUGCAGCGAAGAGCACAGCUACACUCCAGGUCUGGCACACCUGAUGAUUGGCGACCAAGCGCGCGAGGACUAUCUUGCAACCUUCAAGGGCUCUGAGUACUUCUGUUAUGACUUAUCGCCCAGCCCCAUCCAGUCUAGCAGUGAUGAAAUCACACUCUCCUUCAAGACGUUGCAGCGCAACGGCCUGAUGCUCCACACGGGCAAGUCCGCUGACUACGUGAACCUGGCACUAAAGAACGGUGCUGUGUCACUUGUCAUUAACCUCGGCUCUGGGGCCUUCGAGGCCUUGGUGGAGCCUGUCAACGGCAAGUUCAACGACAACUCUUGGCAUGAUGUCAAAGUCACCCGCAACCUGAGACAGCACUCAGGCAUUGGACACGCUAUGGUGACGAUCUCUGUGGACGGAAUCCUGACCACAACGGGAUACACCCAGGAGGACUACACCAUGCUGGGCUCCGAUGACUUCUUCUACGUGGGAGGGAGUCCUAGCACUGCUGACCUGCCCGGUUCUCCUGUUAGCAAUAACUUCAUGGGCUGUCUCAAAGAGGUCGUGUACAAGAACAACGACGUGCGAUUGGAGCUGUCUAGACUGGCUAAACAGGGAGACCCAAAGAUGAAGGUGAGUGGUGUGGUGUCCUUUAAGUGUGAGAGUGUUGCGACGCUGGACCCAGUGACCUUUGACACCCCAGAGUCUUAUGUGGCUCUGAGCAAGUGGACAGCAAAGAAGGCAGGAUCCAUCUCAUUCGACUUCAGGACAACAGAGCCGAAUGGCUUGAUGCUGUUCAGUCAUGGGAAACCCCGACAGCAGCAACGCAAGGACCCAAGAACCCCUCCAACUGUCAAGGUGGAUUUUUUCGCUAUUGAGAUGCUGGAUGGACACCUGUACCUGCUGCUGGACAUGGGCUCUGGAACCACCAAGACCAAGUCCAUUGACCGAAAGGUCAACGAUGGGGAGUGGUAUCAUGUUGACUUCCAGAGAGAUGGACGCUCAGGAACCAUCUCUGUGAAUAGUGUGAGAACAGCGUACACAGCCCCAGGAGACAGUGAGAUCCUGGAUCUGGAUGAUACCUUAUACCUCGGAGGACUACCGGAGGAUCGUGCAGGACUCAUCUUCCCUACAGAGGUUUGGACGGCCCUACUGAACUACGGUUACGUAGGCUGCAUCAGAGACCUGUUUGUGGACGGGCAGAGCAAAGACAUCCGACGGCUAGCUGAAAGUCAGAGGGCGGUGGGGGUGAAGCCCUCCUGCUCCAGAGAGCCACCGAAACAGUGCCUGUCCAACCCCUGCCAGCACAACGGCAUCUGCAGGGAGGGCUGGAACCGUUACGUCUGCGACUGCUCUGGGACGGGCUACCUGGGGCGUUCCUGCGAGAGAGAUGCCACCAUCCUCUCUUACGAUGGCAGUAAGUUUAUGAAGGUGCAGUUGCCUGUGGCGAUGCACACUGAGGCAGAGGACGUCUCGCUACGCUUUCGCUCCCAGCGGGCCUAUGGCAUCCUAAUGGCAACCACAUCCCGUAACUCCGCCGACACCCUUCGUCUGGAACUGGAUGGGGGCCGUGUUCGACUCACUGUCAACCUAGACUGUAUCAGGAUAAACUGUACAGCCAGUAAAGGUCCAGAAACCAUCUUUGCUGGGUCAGGCCUCAAUGAUAAUGAGUGGCACACGGUGAGAGUAGUCCGGCGUGGCAAGAGCCUCAAACUCACCGUGGAUGACCUGCAGCCCGUUGAAGGUCAGAUGGCGGGAGACCACACCCAGCUGGAGUUCCACAAUGUGGAGACGGGUAUCGUUACGGAGAAGCGUUUCAUGCCUGCUGUGCCCUCCAAUUUCAUCGGCCACCUUCAGGGCCUGACACUGAACGGCAUGCCCUACAUUGACCUGUGCAAGAACGGCGACAUCGACUAUUGCGAGCUCAAUGCCGUUAUUGGUUAUAAGAGCAUUGUGUCUGACCCCAUCACCUUCCGCUCCCGCUCCAGUUUUGUUACACUGCCCACGCUCCAGGCCUACUACUCCAUGCAUCUCUUCAUGCAGUUCAAGACGACAUCCCCCGACGGUCUUAUUCUCUUCAACAGAGGCGAUGGCAAUGACUUCAUAGUCGUAGAGCUGGUUAAAGGUUACCUUCAUUAUAUCUCUGACCUGGGCAAUGGAGCACACCUGAUCAAAGGCAACUCGAACAGUCCUCUUAAUGAUAACCACUGGCAUAAUGUUCACAUUUCCCGGGACAGUAACAACCUCCACACAGUCAAGAUUGAUACCAAAGUUACCACACAGACCACGAUGGGUGCCAAGAACCUUGACUUAAAGGGUGAUCUCUACAUUGGGGGUGUUUCCAAAGAGAUGUACCGAGAACUACCUAAGCUGGUCCACUCCCGUGAGGGAUUUCAGGGUUGCCUAGCAACAGUUGAUCUAAAUGGCCGGCUCCCAGACCUUUUGGCUGAUGCCUUGGCAACCAUAGGACAGGUGGAGAGAGGUUGUGAAGUUACAUUGAUGAAAGCUGACUUGCAAGGUCCCAGCACCACAUGUCAAGAAGACUCCUGCUCAAAUCAAGGAGUCUGUUUGCAGCAAUGGGAGGGUUUCACCUGCGACUGCAGCAUGACGUCGUAUGCUGGGCCGCUGUGCAAUGACGCUGGGACCACGUAUAUCUUUGGCCGCGAUGGAGGAGUGGUGGUUUACACGUGGCCCCCUAAUGAACGUCCCAGUACCAGAGCAGACCGGCUUGCCCUUGGCUUCAGCACUCAACAGAAACAUGCAAUUCUGCUCCGAGUGGACAGUGCCUCUGGCCUGGGAGACUACCUUCAACUUCAAGUUGACAAGGGCAACAUUAGGGUGGUGUUUAAUGUUGGCACUGAUGAUAUCAACAUUGAGGAAAGCUCCAAGUUUGUCAACGAUGGGAAAUACCACAUAAUUCGGUUCACCCGUAGCGGUGGCAAUGCAACCCUCCAGCUGGACGACCUGCCGGUGAUAGAGCGGUAUCCCUCAGGCAGCAUUGAUAGCGAGCGCCUGGCCAUCGCCAGACAGCGAAUCCCCUAUCGGCUCGGUCGAGUAGUUGACGAUUGGCUACUCGACAAAGGCCGCCAACUGACCAUCUUCAACAGCCAGACAACCGUGCGGGUCGGGGGAGGCGAACAAGGUGCACCCAUGUUCCAGGGCCAGCUGUCUGGCCUUUACUACAACGGCCUCCGCAUCCUCAACAUGGCCGCAGAGGGACACCCGCACAUCAGAGUGGACGGUAGCGCACGGCUGGUCGGAGACAUGCCGUCGUCCUCCAUCACCCCACAGUCCAGCGCCGCAGCUGGAGGCAACCGCUCUGACUCUGCCCCCUCUAUUAGUGACAUCACAACCACCACGGCCACCAACAGGAAGCAGGGGGCAACACCUCAGGCAGCAGAUGACUUGUUGGUGGCAUCAGCUGAGUGUCCAAGCGAUGACGAAGACAUUGACCCCUGUGACCCCAGUUCAGCCCGCUCUCCACUGCCAGACGUGAGGUAUCCGGGUCCCCAGGACGUGGUGCGGGAGAGCAGCAGCACCACGGGCAUGGUGGUGGGCAUCGUGGCAGCAGCCGCCCUCUGCAUCCUCAUCCUGCUCUACGCCAUGUACAAGUACCGCAACCGCGAUGAAGGCUCCUACCACGUGGACGAGAGCCGCAACUACAUCAGCAACUCAGCCACGCAACCCAACGGCAGCGCCAAGGACAAGCCGCUGGGCAUUGCCAAGAUCUCCAAGAACAAGAAGAACAAAGAUAAGGAGUACUAUGUCUGAGCCAAAACUGAGACUUCAGAGACGCAGACAUAUACGCAUACACCUUUAUAUAUAACAGUAUAUGUACAUAAAUAGAUAUAUUCUCAAAAAAAAAAUCACUAAUACAGACAAACAGACAUACUGAUAUUAAUGUUUACUCUCCAAUGCCACACCUGCACUCAUGCUAGCAAGCACAAACAUACACCAACAAGGCCACAAACUCACAUCUAAGCACAAACAUACACACACAGACUGGCCUAAAGGCAUGAGCCCUUACUGUAUAGUAUUUGCCAAUGACAGCGCCUCUGGGAGAGGCUUUUAUGAGCAUAAACACCAUUCCAAAUGAUUUAGAAAGCACCAGUUCACUUCUCAGUUACCAACCAUUUUGGGGCCAGGCAGGUCAAAGUAACGGACACUCCUCUGCUGCAGUCGCACCUCUCCGGAUGGACCGAGUGAGGUCGAGGGAAGACGUUAAAUGAAGCACAUGUUCGUUGAGCGAGAGGCAGCACACUGAAACAAAGAUAAAAGCACUAAGUGUCUCUUCCAAGCUUCUUCCUGCUAACAGACGGGACUCGACGAAGCACAGUGGUUUCGAGGAAACAAGCACACCAAUGGUUCAAGUAUCAAACCCGACCAACGGGACAAGAAUUCAUUGUGUAGCCAGAGACAGUGAGUUACGGCCAAACGGGCAGAGGCAAGGGCUGGCGGCCGUUAACAUAAUGGAUGGGCUGUGGUUGUUAUGCUGCAGAGCUGAUGUUUUUUACAGCGCUCUGUAAAUCACAAAGGUGGAAUCAGUGGAAGUGGAGAUCUAUUUUCCUGGACUUGAGACUUCAGAUGCUACCUACAGACACCAGUCGUGCUUGACUGCGGUGUCACACUCGCAUACAUACAGCACACAUGAACAGAUACAAAAAUAUAAAAAAAAAAAAAAAAAAAAAAAAAAGUCUACACACAUACAUUUACUUGCAAUGCUAAAGACCCACAAAAUAUUCAUCAGACUUUGAAGACUUUACAAGAAGACUACGGUGAAACUGAACAGUAUGAUACUUGUCAUGGCAAUGAUAAUGAUGAAUAUGAAGAAUAUUUGGGCAGUAUAGACUCCGGGGAAGGGAGGGGAGGGGGGUCUUAUUGCACGUGAAUUAUCUUACUCCGUGUGAUUUAUACCGCGUCGAAACUCCAGAGGUCACACCAUGAUACACCAUCAUCUUAAAAUGACCACGUUGGCUUGAAGUAUUCCUAAAUACACACUUCUAAUGGUUUUCAGCAAUGAUUUAAAUCCCUGAAUCAGUUCAAUUCUUUUUUUCUUUUUUUUU